CUCUCGUUUACACACACACACACACUCUCUCUGACACACGCCGCUCACACACUCUGCCUCUCUCCUCCGGACGGCUCCAGAACCGGAGCACUCAUCCUCGGACCCGCCGGUGGCCAGGACCAUCCCUCCUCCAGCCGCCGACAUGUGUUUGGGAAAGUGACGCCUCACAGCCGCUCCUCCUGAGUCCCCUCGGUCCAGCAGCCGUCACCAUGGCCUCCGUGGCAGAGGAGCUCUGACAGGACUCCACCACACCAUGUAGAGCACCUUCCUGCGGCGCGGGGGGCGGGUCUUUUUUCGUCACUGUGUGAGUGGACUUUUUGCGAACCCGAGUGGAGACUGCAUGUGGGCGGGGCCUGUUUGUGAGGUGACAGAGAGGGCGUCAGAGAGAAAGUGACAGAGAUGGUCCUCCACGCCACCCCGUACUCCAGUGCCUGCCUGCACUUCCUGGACGGCCUCUCGUGGAGUCUGGUGUUCCCCACCUACUGGCUGCUGGACCGGCUGCUGUCCUGCUGCGUGGCCACGUCGCUGGAGAAGCGGCAGCGCUCCCAGGACCCCUGUUCCUUCCUCACACUGUGCGUUCUGAUCGCCGUGCCGCUGUACCUGCUGCUGGUCCUCGCCUCGCUACCUUUCGCCCUGCUGGGGUUCAUCAUCUGGGCCCCUCUUCAGGCCGUCCGUCAGCCGUACCUCUACACCUACAGCAGACCAGACAUCCAGCAUUUGGAGCAGGGUCAGGCGGGACCGGGCGGUGCCGGAUCAGGGGAGUGGAGACCGCAGGGCAGGAGCUUCUGUUUCGCCAGUGCCAACGUUUGCCUGCUGCCCGACUGUUUGGCGAGAUUCAACAACCUCUCCGACACACACAGAAGAGCCCGCGAUGUCGGGAAGAGGAUCCGCAACGGAGCCAGUCGGCCUCAGAUCAAGAUCUACAUCGACUCGCCCACCAACACCUCCAUCAGUGCCGCGUCCUUCAGCAGCCUGGCCACAGGUUUCCGCCGCACGUCUUCACUGGACCAGCGUCCGGAACAGACGCACACCAACAACAACUCAGUGGACCCAGAAACCGAGCCCCUCACAGAGUGCCCGGUUCACCCCUCAGGUGCCACAGACUGCCCCCUACACUCCUCCACAGGAGACCCGUGUCCUCUUCAUGGGGACGGUGCCACGGAGUGUCCGGUCCAUGCCUCGGAUCAGAACUCGGAGUGCCCUGUGCACCCUGCCGGAGAGGAAGCCGACUGCCCCCUGCACUCGAAGGGGCCUCAGGGUGACCCCCACGAGUGCGCCGUCCACGGAGGCCAAACCAAGUCCUCCACAGAUUGUCCACUUCACAAGUCGGAGGUUCAGAUCAGCAUCAGUGCCCCUGAUCCAGAACCUCAGGAGGAGGAGUCUGAAACUGGGAACCACCAGUUAGGGGAGCAGGCCAAGGGGGACUCGGGCAGUAUGACCGCCUCAAGGGAGUCUCUGGCGCGCUACCAAGUGUGCGACGGCAGCGGGGCGAUCCCGUCCAACAACACCCUCUCCCACGUGCCCCGCACCUCGGUUUUCAAGCGUCCAGGGAGAAAGCGCCGCCACGGGGACGAGACCUUUGACCAUGAGAUUUCUGCCUUUUUCCCCGCAAACUUGGACUUCUUGGCUCUUCAGGAAGUGUUCGACCACAGCGGCACCUCUCGACUGCGCACUCAGCUGCACCGCUACUUCCCGUACAUGCUGAGCGACGUGGGCCGAUACGGCUGGAAGGGUUGCUGUUCCAGUUUCAAAUUCCUCAACAGUGGACUGCUGCUGGCCAGUCGGUACCCGAUCCUGGACGCACGCUAUGAGUGCUACCCGAACGGCAGGGGCGAGGAUGUGUUGGCUGCCAAGGGGGCGCUGUUUGCCAAGGUCCACGUGGGCACCUCGCUCCAGGGCCAGAGAGUGGUGGGCUUCCUCACCUGCACCCACCUGCACGCCAUCGAAGGUGACGCGUCGGUGCGCUGUGAGCAACUGGACCUGAUGCUCCAGUGGGGGUCCGAGUUCCGUCAGACCUCGUUGCAGCCUCCUGAAGGAGAGAAGGUUCUGGAGGACCUGGUGGCAUUCGACGUCCUGCUGGGGGAUCUCAACUUCGACAACUGCUCCUCAGAGGACAAACUGGAACAACAACACGCACUUUUCACUCAGUACAAGGACCCGUGUCGUCUCGGGCCAGGAGAGGACAAACCCUGGGCUCUAGGGACCUUUCUGGACCCCAGUGGUCUCUACGACGACGAGGUCAGCUCGCCGGAGAGUUUACAGAAGGUGAUGGAGAACGAGGACGGCAGGAAGGAGUACCUGCUGUUUCCUCCCAGCAAGAGCCACUGCCCCGGCGGGGGGCAGAAGGGACGCAAGAUCCCCCUGAAGGGAAACGGCCGGCGGCUGGACUACAUCCUCUACAGCGACGAGGCGCUGCAGCCGGACUGGAAGCUGGAAAUGGAGGAGUUCAGCUUCGUGACUCAGCUGGCCGGACUGACCGACCACCUCUCUGUGGCCAUGAGACUGGCCGUGUGCACCGGGGAGGAGGAGCCUUAGUGACCCCGACCCCUCCACCCCCACCCCCACCCAGCUGCGGGUCUUCUAUUACUGCCAUGGAGGAGAACGACGAGUGUUUACACAACUAUGAAGCGGCCUUUAGAGGACGGACGUCUGACUGGACCGUCUCUGAGGGACAGAUGAGCCAGGAGAUACACUUUCUUUGCUCAAGCACACACUCUCUCUCUCACACACACACACACACACACACACACUCUGACCUUUGAUAUUCUC